AAUAGUUUUAUUUUUGUUUUAAAAAAAAGAUAAAAACAUUGAUGGUGAUAAAUCUUUUAGUCAUGCAAUAAUGAAAGGCAAUAUUAAAGUUAAUUUAUAUGAAUGUGGUAUUCAUUCCCGUAUUCUUUUGACCUCUCCUCUGUUGUUGACGGUAAAUUUACGCUGUUGACAGCUGAUUGAAAUAUACAAAAACAAGGGGUUUCUUGAAAGUUUGCAGCCUUUUUUAAAGAGGAAAAUGACCUUUUGUCGGCCCAGAUGUUGAGAAUGUUAAAGCCUAUUUAUAGAUUAUGCAGAAACCUAAAUUUGAGAACAUGUGUCCGUUACUUGACUGCUUCCCAGGCAUCGGAAGCUCUGAGACCAUUUUUUUUCGCUGUUCAUCCUGACUUCUUUGGCCAACAUCCUAAAGAAAGGGCAGUGAAUGAGGCCUCCUUACAGAAAUUGAGUAGCUAUCUUGAAUGUUUAUUCAGUGCCAACAAUGCUAGCCCUACUACUGUCAAAUUCUACCUGAGAGAUCCACUGCAAGACUCUAAGAAGGCUGUACAAAGGGCCAAUGAUGUUUCAGUGGGAUUUGAAGUGGUUACAAUAAAACUGGUGUCCAGAGAUGUCCAGUCGACAGUUUCUCAAAUCCUUAACACCUGCCAGCUAGACACUGACCACUUGAAGAGCUUGGUGAAAAGGUUCGCACAUCAGUCACAGGCAUUUCCACGCCCGGUAAAAUGGGACCCUUCAUACUACGCUUAUACAAACAAGCAGAUCCCUAAAGACGCUUCAUCCCCUGCAAGAUGCAAAGUUGUUAAUAAAACUCUAGGGUCAUGGCUUGUCAAAAACAGACAGAGAGCCCUCAAGAGGCUGGAAAAAAGUCAGUUUAUCCGGGAAGAAGCGGAGGCAUUACGCUUGGACCUCUGUAGUAGUUAUCAUCUGUGUGAUGUGAGAUGGGAAAGUGAUUGGAAUAUUGGUGCAUUCCGGAUGUCACUUAGCUCCGUCAGGAAAAUACUGCUGGAGAAUCCCACAUAUGCUUCAUAUAUUAAAGGUAAAGAACUGAUAUUUAGUUCCAUCACCGGUGUUUGCAAAGAAGGUUUUAUUGUUCUGUCAAACGAGGCUGUGCCCCAGUAUUGGUCUCAGGUACUUGAACAUUUACCAAAGACACUACAAUUAAUGGAUGGCCUUUCAUCGAUGGAAGAGGAGGUUUCUUGUUACCUUGGUAACAUCAUCAUCUCUAGGGAGAAGUACUUCCACCGAAUAACGAUCGAAAACUACACGCUCCUACUCCAAAAGCUAAUAAGCAGUUUAAAUAGUUACCAUUCAUCAAGACGCCGUUGGAAGGAGGGCCGUGUGAUCCCACCUAACUCAAUGCAACAAUUGAAACUCGUCAUUGAAGGAACUAUUGGACAUGUGGCAUUACUACGAUCAGGACGAUUUGUCCUGCCAGCCUCAACACAGCCUCAGGAAGCCAUUAGCUUUUUACUGAAGAACAAGACCAAAUCUUGGGAAAGACUAAAGAAUUAUCCAAGACUUCAAGCAGAUAGGAAAAGAUUAGUGGCACAAUGCAUGAAGAAUUACAGUUUAAAGAGCCUGGAGGUGGACUUGUCUUUAACGGAAGAGCAAGCAAAUGAAUGUUUAAACAAGUUGAUUGACAGCCAGCUGCGACUCCCUGUGUCUAUGCAAGACCUACGGUUACGAAUUUCACGAUAUUAUUCUGUGCUUCGCGAUGGAGAAGUUUGUAUACCUUGGAAUUUACAUAUAUAAAUUUUUUUUUAAUUUGAGCUGAGAUGAGAAAAAUAAUUUAUUAUCAUAAAAUCCAAUACAGUUAACUUAAAAUUACAAAGUGCCACUUCAAACUUAAAUACAUACAUUGAAAUACAAAAGGUAGAAUAAAUAUUUUGACUGUCAAGUUAUAGAUCUGCUAUGUGAAAUUGUAAAGCUAUAAUUCGCAGUCUUGUGCGAGUAGAUAUACAGUGUAUGUAUUCUUUUAUGGAAAUUUUGAUUUAAUGACAAUAAUGACAACAAUCAUCAAUUCCUUUUGCUCUUGUAGGAAAAUGAGUGAAUAUGUGUGGCAAUUACUUGAAAAUGAAGAAAAAAGGACUUCAUAUUUAUUAUCAACAUUUAUUGUUAAACUUUAUUAUAUUAUAUAUUUUUAUUAUACCUACUAAAGGCUUCAUGUUUAAUAAUAGUUCUUUAUUAGGUGCUAUAAAGUAGUAUUUUAUAUAUAUAAAAAAUUAGCAGUUUAUAUGUACAUAAUGUAUAGAAAUGAUUUUGCAUAGCGCCCUCUAUAUUUGCAUCUCAGAUCUUUGGGACUUGCUAGUGUUAAUGUCAACUUUGCCUCUCCAGUGAAUGUCUACAUGGGUGCUAUUUUAUUAGGAGACAAUUUAAGUUCCACAUCUGUACUGUAAUUUCAAAUCACAGUACAAUACAUUUAUCAAAAUUUGUUUUGAUAUUAAGUUUGUAUUGUAUGUAAUAUUUUGAUAGAAUGUGUAUAAGGUUUAUAUAUAAUUUUGUAAUUGUAAUAUCCUGAUGCAAUAUUGUAAAAUUUUGUCAUACUAUAUUUAUACCUGGUACUGUUAAAAUUUAGCACCUUGUGCGCAUUGCUACUCUACUAGGGCUUAUAUGACCUAUAUUAUAUGUCCCAAGUAUAGUUUGCCACCUACAAUAUACCACAUAUAAUUAACUUUUAAUUUGGAAAAAUUUUUAUUAACUUUUAAUAAGUCACAAAUGGAAAAUUAAAAUAUUUAUUUAUAAAAUAGUUUUUCAUUCACAUUUGUAUCUAGAGAGGUUAUAGACUAUGCAAGUCAGUAGGGGUAAUCAAGGGGCCCACUACUCCCCUCCCCCGUAAAUUUAAAAAAAAAACGGUAAAAAAAAGAAAAAUAAAAAUAUAUUCAAAUUUAGGUCUGAGAAUGCCAUUUCUGGAC